UGACAGGCUCGGCGGGGCCCGGAGCCCGCGUGUUCUGCGGAUAGCGGUGCGGAGUGGAUGCAGGCUCUGCUGCGGGGAGUCUGUCGCUGUUACCGGUUCCUCUGCAACCCGAGCCCGUCUGUCUCCGGUUGUCGCUGCCGCCGGCUGCGGAACGAUCCAACAGUGCCAAUGAAGUACAUUUUGGUAACCGGUGGGGUCAUCUCUGGGAUCGGGAAAGGAAUUAUUGCAAGCAGCAUUGGGACCAUCCUGAAAUCCUGUGGUCUCCGUGUGACAGCAAUCAAGAUCGAUCCGUACAUCAACAUCGAUGCAGGAACGUUCUCGCCUUACGAGCAUGGUGAAGUGUUCGUGUUGGACGAUGGUGGCGAGGUGGAUCUGGACCUGGGGAAUUAUGAGCGGUUUCUGGACAUCCGCUUAACACGGGACAACAACAUCACCACAGGCAAGAUCUACCAGUGGGUUAUCAACAAGGAGAGGAAAGGGGACUACCUGGGCAAGACUGUGCAAGUGGUCCCGCAUAUCACGGACGCCAUUCAGGAGUGGGUGUUGCGGCAGGCUCGCAUUCCAGUGGACAGUGACGGAGUGGAACCUGAAGUGUGCGUUAUUGAGCUGGGUGGAACUGUGGGAGAUAUCGAGAGCAUGCCUUUCAUCGAAGCCUUUCGCCAGUUCCAGUUUAAAGUUAAGAGAGAGAACUUCUGCAAUAUUCAUGUCAGUUUAGUGCCUCUGGUUCCUGGUAGUGCCUCUCUGAAACAGCCAAGCACCACAGGAGAGCAAAAGACGAAACCCACUCAGAACAGCGUUCGGGAACUGCGAGGACUUGGUCUGUCACCAGACUUGAUCGUCUGCCGAUGUACGACGCCCAUGGAGAAGUCUGUUAAAGAAAAAAUCUCCAUGUUCUGCCACGUAGAACCUGAACAGGUUAUUUGCGUGUAUGAUGUUUGUUCCUUGUAUCGAGUUCCCUUGCUACUUGAAGCCGAGGGAGUUGUGCAGUACUUUAAGGAAAGGCUUGACCUCCAGUACGAAACUAAACCAAGAAGACUACUGAACAAAUGGAGGGAUAUGGCAGACAGAUAUGACCGCACGUUAGAAAUUUGUUCCAUUGCGUUGGUUGGCAAAUAUACCAAACUCUCGGACUCCUAUGCUUCUGUGAUCAAGGCCUUGGAGCACUCUGCAUUAGCGAUUAACCAGAAGUUGGAAGUGAAGUAUAUAGAUUCAGCUGACCUGGAGCCAGCAAGACAGGAGGACGAUCCAGUCAAAUACCACGAGGCUUGGCAGAAUCUAUGCAGUGCCAAUGGGAUCCUGGUGCCCGGAGGUUUCGGUGUCCGGGGGACGGAGGGGAAGAUUCUUGCAAUUGCUUGGGCCAGAAAACAGAAGAAGCCAUUUUUGGGUGUGUGCCUUGGAAUGCAGUUGGCUGUUGUCGAGUUUGCGCGGAAUGAACUUAACUGGUCAGAUGCCAAUUCUACUGAAUUUGAUCCGAACACCAGCUACCCUGUGGUGAUUGACAUGCCAGAGCACAAUCCCGGGGAUAUGGGAGGGACCAUGAGGCUUGGCAAGAGAACCACAAUGUUCAAAGACAAAAAUUCAGUACUCAGGAAGUUGUACAAGGAUUUUGACUCCAUUGAGGAAAGACACAGGCAUCGAUACGAGGUUAAUCCAGAAAUGAAGAAAAGCUUUGAGGAAAGGGGAUUUCGAUUUGUUGGGGAAGAUGUGGAAGGGGAACGAAUGGAAGUUAUUGAGCUUGAGGAUCAUCCCUAUUUUGUUGGCGUGCAGUAUCACCCGGAGUUCACCUCGAGGCCCAUGAAACCGUCUCCCCCAUACUUCGGUCUAGCCCUGGCCGCUGCGGGCAAGUUGCAGAGUUAUUUGGAAAAGGGCUGUAGACUGUCACCCAGGGACACGUAUAGCGACUACAGUGGCAGCAGCUCCCCGGAUUCUGAAAUUGUAGAUUUAAAGCUGCCGCCUAAUCUAACACCUGCGUAACUUUGGGUUUCGAUUAAUUCAACGGAAUCAGGAUGCGUGUCUGAACUGCAGAGUCCAUUUAAAUAUCACAGUAUUAUCUAUCCAUAAUCAUGUUGCUGAGGUGGGGGGUUUGUGAUUUGUGUUGUUUUUUUUUGCUAAUAAUGAACUAGUACUUUUUUUUUAAAUGAAAGAAUUUGAGGUCUUUUUCAAGUCUUAGAUUUCAAAUCCAAUGUUUUCUACCACUGUACAAAGCAAACAUGGUGAAUAGAGAUAGGAAUCGGAACGUCACUAUCUUGUCAUCGCUUGAUCACUUUAAGUUGUUCAGAACUCCUAAGUUCCAUUUUAUAGUUGUAUGUUUUAUCCAACACUACCUCUGGGAAGGGACAGGUAUGAUCUUGGCAGCAUUCGGCUUUAUAUUUUACUUACUGAAUGAUCUGUUGGUGUUCAUUACUCGUGAAACUGCGUUCACCACAGCAUUAUUCUGUCUAAGUUGUGCUGUUACAUCUGGUUGGAGAAUGCAUAAUUGAGCUUUAAGCUGAUGAACUAUUUAAUUUUGUUUUUAUACUUUACAAACUCGGCGGGGUAUUUUGUCUAUAAAAUGUAAUUAAAGUACUGUUGCACAGUGGAAGUACGAGAGUGCAUUUGGAGCCAUGGUUUUUUUUUUAAUGACAAUUCCAGUGAGCUGGGAAUGAUUGUCUUGAGUCGGGAGAAAGCGUAGAAUAUUAAAAAUGAGCUCUAAUUACCCAGGACCCUGUCACAGUUGUGUGGCUUGAGUUUGAGAGUAUUCAGCAAAGCUCUCAGUCCUCAAAAGUCAUUGGAAGGUCAAAUGACUCCGAGAGGUCAUAGAAAAAUACAGCCCAUGUAGCCCGUGCCGAAUCAUUUAACUGGCCAAGUCCCAUUGACACGCACUCAGACCAUCGCCCUGUCAUCCAUGUACCUAUCCAAACUUCUCUCUUAAAUGCUGAAAUCGAGAUCACGUCCACCAUUUGCACUGGCAGCUCAUUCCACACGCUCACCACUCUCUGAAGAAGAUUCCCCUUAAACUUUUCACCUUUCACCCUUAACCCAUGACUUGUAGUUGUAGUCCCAUCGAACCUCAGUAGAAAAAGCCUGCUUGCAUUUGCCCUAUCUGUACAAAAUUAUGGGGGGUACAUCUAUCAAAUCUCCACGUUCCAAGAAAUUAAUUCCUAACCUAUUCUAUCUUUCCUUAUAACUCAGGUCCUUCAGUUUUGGCAAUAUCCUUGUAAGAUUUUCUCUGUACUCUUUCAACCUUAUAUACAUCUUUCCUGUAGGUAGGUGACCAAAACUGCACAUAAUACUCCAAAUUAGGCCUCACCUAUGUCCUAUACAACUUCAACAUAACAUCCCAUCUCCUGUACUUGAUAGUUUGAUUCAGCUAUCUUGCUAAUUUCCUCGACAAGGCAAAGCAAAGAGAGUCUCUCCCCUGCUUUUGUUUGAGCUGGUUUUAAAAGUUCAAAAUAAAAUUUAUUACCAAAGUACAUUUCUGUCACCAUGUACAACACAGGAUAAUUUUCUUGCAGGCAUUCACAACAGAACAGUAGAAUCAACGAAGAAUGCACACCAAGAUUGACGAGCAACAAUGUGCAAAAGAAGACAAACUGCAAAUUCAAAAAUAGAAACAAAUAAUAAAUUAAAGAAAUGAGUUGUAGAGUCCUUGAAAGUGAGCCCAUAGGCUCUGUGAUCAGUUCAGUGUUGAGGUGAGUGAAGUGCUUCACGCUGAAGUUUGAAGGCUACCUGAUUGGUGUGGCUACUCUCUAGGCCACGUGUAUUCUGAGAAUUUCCAAUUCUGUUAUGCUCCCAGUGGGUUCAGAGCCAGACAAGAAUGGGAACAUGGUAAAGAUCUCUGGGUUAGUGUUUAGGAAAGAAACUCAUGGCAUUUUAAUUAAGAGCUGCUCUUUGUAGUGGGAUCGACUCCUGAGGUACCUUUUCACUUCCACAGCCAUUCAAUAAAUCCAAUAUUUG